AUGCCAAACUUCAACCUGGGACCGUUGCCGUCGAAAAAUCCGGAAAACUUCUCGAAAUUCGUCCCGAACAAAGAUGUGAGUACAUGUUUCGGCUAUUUUCAACCAAAACCGUGUAAAUUUCCAGUCGACGUUCAAAAAACUCGAAAAAAUGCCGGUGCAACAGAGUGUGGAGGGCGAGAACAACGGCGAGUGCUACAAGAUCAAAGGGCCGAAGACGCCGCUCGUGCUCACCCAUUUGGUACGGGAAUUUGAAGCGCGAGUAAGAGUGAAUUCGAAUUUUACGCGAAAAACAGUAAUGGAACGGUUUUUUCUGCGAAUAUGUCAUGUUUUCUGAUGAAAAAUUUUGAAUUUUCAGAUUGACGACUUGCCAAACGAGUCGGAAUCAGAAGAGGAGCCGGAGGAGGAGCCGACGGCCGCCCCGAGCACUUCUGGAGCCUCGAAACGACAGCACGAAGAGUCGGAGGAGCCGGAGGAAGAGCAGCAGGAAGCCACGACUUCGGCGGUGACGACCCGCAAAAAAUCACGCCGUCAGAAUUGA